GGAAGGUUGGCAAACCCUAAAUGGACUCGCCGGCCAUUCACAGACACUGAUACAGCACAGCUAUGCAAAUACCCUCCUCCAUCAAUCAUCUAGCCCCGGGGCCCGACUUGCCCCGCCCUGGGCGCGUGGAACCUGCCUCUCUCCGCUCUUUGCUGUCACGUGCUGCUUUUCUCCUCGUUACCACGGUGAAGUCACAAUCGCUGUCCCGCUCGCUGAGAGGCGCAGCCGAACAUGCUUGGCUCGUAUCAUCCAAUGGGAGCCCGGCGUUGGGGACGCGCUCACCCAUUCCGGUUUGAGGUGGGUCUGUAGCUAAGUUGGGUUGAGCGAAGAGCGCCGUGGUUGCUGCUGCGGUAGUAGCAGGGGAAGAGCAUAUUAAGAUCUGCUGAUGAACAGUGCCCUUGUGUAAGGAUGCCUUAGAAAAAGAACCAUGGAGAAAUAUAUUAAGGUGCAGAAGAUUGGUGAAGGAUCCUUUGGAAAAGCAAUUCUGGUCAAAGCUAAAGAAAACAGCAGACAGUAUGUUAUUAAGGAGAUAAACAUCUGUAAGAUGUCCAAUAAAGAGAGAGAAGAAUCAAGGCGAGAAGUUGCUGUGUUGGCAAACAUGAAACAUCCAAAUAUUGUACUGUAUCGGGAAUCAUUUGAAGAAAAUGGCUCUCUCUAUAUAGUGAUGGAUUACUGCGAAGGAGGGGACCUAUUUAGACGAAUAAAUGCUCAGAAAGGCAUCUUGUUCUCAGAAGAUCAGAUCAUGGAUUGGUUUGUACAGAUUUGUUUAGCACUAAAACAUGUACAUGACAGAAAAAUUUUGCAUCGAGAUAUAAAGUCACAGAAUAUAUUUUUAACCAAAGAUGGAACAAUACAACUGGGAGACUUUGGAAUAGCUAGAGUUCUUAACAGUACUGUAGAGCUGGCUCGCACUUGCAUAGGAACACCGUACUAUUUGUCACCUGAAAUCUGUCGGAACAAACCUUACAACAAUAAAAGUGACAUAUGGGCUCUUGGUUGUCUCUAUGAAAUGUGCACACUUAAGCAUGCAUUUGAAGCUGGUAACAUGAAAAACUUGGUACUGAAGAUAAUUUCUGGAUCUUUUACUCCUGUUUCUCUGCAUUAUUCCUACGAUUUACGUAAUCUGCCACAAUUAUUUAAAAGGAAUCCUAGGGAUAGACCAUCAGUCAACUCCAUAUUGGAGAAUCUUUAUAGCCAAACGAGUGGAAAAUUUCUUACACCACAGCUUAUUGCAGACGAAUUCAGUCACAAAGUGUUCCACAAGUUUGAUGCCCCUGUUGCACCAGUAAAAAGACCAUCUCAAGGACAAAUUUGGGCUUCAGCUGUGCCAGCUCAGAAAAUUACUAAACCUGGCAAAUAUGGAGUGCCUUUAAUGAUCAAGAAAUCUGGUGAUGCAUCUAAAAAAUUUCAUGAGAGGAAACCAUUAGCUAAUUUAGACAGACAGGCCCAUCCAACUCCAAUGAAGAAAAUGAAUCCAGGAGAAGAAAGGAGGAAAAUGUUUGAGGAAGCCCCAAAAAAGAGAAAAUUCGAGUUACUUGAGAAAGAAAAACGACAAAGAGACCAGAUUGGUUUACUGAAAGCUGAGCAGAUAAGAAGACUGCAAAAGGAAAGGAUGGAACGGAUAAACAGAGCCAGGGAACAAGGCUGGAGAAAUGUGCUUAGUUCAGGUGGAAGUGGUGAAGUUAAGGCACCAUCUUUUGGUGGUGGAGGAGGUGUUGGGCCUUCCCCUGUGCCUGCCAGAGGACAGUAUGAACACUACCAUGCUAUCUUUGACCAGAUGCAACAGCAAAAGGAAAAUAUUAAAGUAGGUGAGGAAAGAGAAACCAGAUGGAGAGCAGAAAUGCGAAGUCAGGAUGCUGUUGAAAGAGGAGUUCCACCUGGAGUACGUCCAGGAUUUCCUAAUGGGCCUGAUGGUCAUCACCAUUUACCAGAUGCUGAUGCAAUUAGGAAAAAAAUCAAAAGAUUGAAGGAGGUGUCUAAACAAGCCAAUGCAAACAGGCAAAGAGGAUGGGUAGCAGCAGAAAGAGCAAAACAAGUUGAAGAAUUCUGGCAACGAAAGAGGGAAGCUAUGCAAAACAAAGCUCGUGCUGAAGGACAUAUGGGUACACUGCAAAACCUGGCAGCUGUCUAUGGAGGCAUGCCCAUUUCUGCAAGAGGAAGGAAAUCCGGAAACAAGGAGGAAGAGGAAUACUUGGCAAGAUUAAGACAGAUCCGACUUCAAAACUUCAAUGAACGCCAGCAGAUUAAAGCUAAACUUCGUGGAGAAAAGAAUGAAGCUGACAGUUCUGAAGGACAAGAUGCAAGUGAAGAAGCAGAAUUGAGACGCAAAAAAAGUGAAGCACUAAAGGCCCAAGCAAAUGCACGAGCUGCAGUUUUGAAAGAGCAACUAGAGCGAAAGAGAAAGGAGGCAUAUGAAAGAGAGAAGAAAGCUUGGGAAGAACAUUUGGCAGCAAAAGGGGUAAAGAAUCCUAUGGUGCCUUUUAAUGUGUCGGCAGCUGAGGUUAGUCCUGUGCCUGGGCAACAAGAACCUGGAAGACCGCCUCCCAAACCACAACUUCCAUUGAAGCCCAGUACACCAGUUAUCUCUAUAACUUCAGCUUUGAAGGAAGUGGGUGUGAAUGAAAAUACAACUGCUAUCCAGGAAACCACAGAGGAAAUGAAGAAGGCAGAUCUUGCUGUGCAAAAUAAAAGAGAAAUACUAAGAAGGUUGAAUCAAAAUCUUAAAACACAGGAAGAUGUAAAAGGAAUAAAGGAGCCUAAAGACACCUAUGAGGGAGCUGUGGCUGAAGAAAGUAAAGAAGAAGAAGAAGAUGAUCCACUUCUAGUAGAUCGCAAGAAAUGGGAGGUUGCAGCAGCUGAGCUGGUGGUUCCUUUUGCACAGCUAACUAUGGAAGAAUCGUUUUCAGGGACAGAGAGGCAGACCGUCGGGGAGGUAAUUAAACUAGAUGUUGGUGAACCCCAGAGGAAAGUUUGGGGCAAAAGCCCUACUGAUUCGGUGCUGAAGAUACUGGGAGAAGCAGAGUUACAGCUUCAAACUGAAUUACUGGAGGAAAUAACUAUCACAAAUGAAGUUCCUGAGGAAGGUUCUCAGCCUUUAACAGUGAAAGAAAACAGUGAAGUAAAAAUUGCUUCUUGUAUUGGAAAGAAAUCUUCAGCUCCAGUUGUUGGUAUCAUAGAACCUGAAAGGACAAUACCAGAGGAGUCACAAACACUUAAUGCCAUCCAAGUGCCAUCCAGACCUGUUGUGGUAGAUGAGCUGGAUGAUUUGGAAGAAGAAAUAUUGGAAGAAACUGAAAAAAAUAAGUGCAAAAGUGACCAAUUUCUCAUCACUGUUCAUGAUGUGUGGGUUAAAGAAAGGGAAGCAAUGACGAUGUAUGAGCCACAAGAAGAUACUGCCUGUCAGAAAGAUGAUGGUGAUGAAGCAGCUUUGGAGAAGGAAAUGCCACAUAAUGCGCAACCGCAUGAAGAAGAUUUUCCUGACACUUGUCUCAGUGACUCUAUGCAACCUGAACCCUUUUUCCAGAAGGUGCCACAACCACAAGCCAUACCAACAACCUCACCAGUUCUGUCAGCUCAGUCUUCACUGGAAGAGCCUUUUCCACCUCGUUCACGAUCUGUAUCGCCAGCAAAAAGGAAAGGCAAAAGUUCAUUACUGAUUGGGCUCUCUACUGGCCUGUUUGAUGCAAACAAUCCAAAGAUGUUAAGAACGUGUUCACUCCCAGAUCUUUCCAAGUUAUACAGAACACUAGUUGAUGUUCCCAUUGUAGCAGAUGUACAACAUCAAGACAACCUUGAAAUAGAGGAUAUGGAAGAUGAGCAUGUCAAAGAAGGGCAUUCUGAUUCUGAAGACAUUACAUUUGGUGAGGCAGAUACAGACUUGCGGGCGCUUCAGGCCUCAAUGGAACAGUUACUUAGGGAGCAGCCUAGUGAGGAAUUGAGUGAAGAGGAGUUGUCUACCUUAAAGGCAGAUACUGCAGCACGCAUAACAAAUGGUACAGAGCAGGAUGAUGAGGAUUGCAACAACCCCAGCAGUGAAAGUGUACUUAAUGAAGAAUGGCAGUCAGACAACAGUGAUGGGGAUAUUGCCAGUGAAUGUGAAGCAUAUGACAGUGUCUUCAGCCAUUUGGAAGAGUUGAGAUAUAAUCUGGAGCAGGAAAUAGGCUUUGAUAAAUUCAUUGAAGUUUAUGAUAAAAUAAAGGCAAUACAUGAAGAUGAAGACGAGACUAUUGAUAUUUGUUCAACAAUAGUUCAGAAUAUUCUGGGAAAUGAAUAUAAACAUCUGUAUGCCAAAAUUCUUCAUUUAGUGAUGGCAGAUGGAGCCUAUCAAGAAGAUAAUGAUGAAUAAACCUGAGUCAAGAAGUGUGAUAUGUAGGUGUCUGGAUUCUUACAGCAGAAUUGCAAGUUACGAUGGAAAAUGUAAUAAUAACUGAAUAAGGAGCAGGAAAGUGGGAGACAUAAGAAAAGUGUGCUGAUUGCAUGAAAAAGAUGGAAAAACAUGCCUAUAUUUCAGAUGAGAUGUUUAUGUAUUUCCUUUAAUAUGUUUCCUCAUUUUUAAAGUUACCUGCUGCAGAAAUUACACUUUAUCUUAAAAAUUUCAACUAAAGUAUACAGAGGAUGGCUCAGAAGAUGUGUGGUUUUUUUUAAAUCAAGAUAGAUUUAUCAUGUAAUAGAGGCCUUGCCAUAUUAACUGUUGGCUGUUAGGUGUAAGGAGUUAAAAGGAUUACUAUGUUUUGAAAAUACCUGCUUCUAGCUCUUCACUACACACUAAAAAUAAUUCUAUUUAUCCCUACUAAAGAUUGUAUUUAAUUUUCAGUUGACCAGCUAGACUGUAUUUAAAUAAUUACAUUGUAUCAGUGGCCCAAGUAUGAAUAUUUCAUGUUUUUUAGAAUAAAACUGGUAGCAUGUUGAAGUUUCAAUUUGUCAUUUUUUAACCAGUGUCACCUAAAUUAUCUUAAUAGAUUUUUGCAAGUUGAGGCAAACUGAUCUUUAUCAUGUCAUUGAAAAACUUAUUUUUUUUCCAAAGGAGUAAUGGAGAGUUGGAACUGGAGAGUUUCUGCCAUAAUCUUUCUAGCAGAGACAUUAAUACUUCAAAUUUUGCUACUUCUCUAACUCUAAAGCUGUGCCAAAGUUAAGGCUGCUCUUCUUUUUUUCCCCUCCUGCCACACAGAGAAAAAGAAAAUUGGAUAAUAUAUCUUUGUUAAAUACUUAAAUACUAUGUUACUGUUGUCAUUUUGACACUGAUGAUUUGUUGUGUGAGCUCCCAGGACUGUAUAAACCUAGAUUUUCCCUGUACUCUGUUCCUCUGUCAGAGGGAGCACCAUACCGGCAAAAUAAGGUGUGUUUUUGUUUUUUUUCCCCCAGAGACAAUGACUAGAAAGUGUUACUAGUCUGUGUGUACAAUAGGUCAAGUAUUACAGAUCAAAUGAAACUUAGAAUUUUCACUUAUUCUGUUGGAGAGGGAUGGAUUUUCAAACCCUGAGUAAUAGCAAUCUCAGUUGGAAAAAUUUAAAAGUCAAAUUAUUUUAGUAUUAAGUUAAAGUUAAUGUGUACAUUAUUUCUAAUCUUCAUAAAUAAAUAUUUGAUUUUUGUAUAACUGUUUAUUUUUAUGAUAUUAUUACUAUUAAAAAUUCCUUUCUUGCCCAUUGCAGGGGGGCAGGAGGGUAAAACAGUGUUAAAUUCUUUUUGCUUCUGUGGAAUUGUUUGUUUCUUUACAUGUUUUAGAACCAAAGUGUCAGAUUAAUUGGAGGAAGAGGGUCAAAAUCCAUUGUUCCCUUGGCUGGGUUAUAAAUUUAGGAAUCCACAGUGAAAUCCCACUGAUGUCAGUGGGAGAUUUGUACAAAGAUCAGAGGUAAAUGGUCGUGAUGUAUUACCUAAAGUUUCAGUUAUUAUUUAUUCAGUACCUUAAUGUUUCUACUGAUUCAGACAAUACUAACUUCACCUUUAUGACCUAUGCUCUUCCUUUCUUGUGUUUCCCCAUGUUUUCUCUUGUUUCUCUUUGUGUUUACUAUGUCUUUUUUUUUUUUUUAAUUCCUUCUGCAUUUCAUUUUCUUCAACAACUCUGUUCUUCCCUCCAGGCUUUAUUCUCUUCCUCUUCCCCAUUUAGUCCACUGAAAUGAUCAACAGUGAAGUAGUUAAGCUUGACAGUUCAAAUGUCUAUAGAGAUAACUGUAUAAAAAGAUUAACUGGGAAUGGGGGAACUCACAGCUUUUAAAUUCAUUGUUUCAAGCUGUCUGCAGACUCAGAUGCACCCUUUGACACUGGUUCUAGUUCAUAUUUUCAACGUUAACUUUGUAAUUGUUUAGAAACAAGAUUUAAAAAAAAAAUCACAGAUUCUUCAGGAUCUGAAUAUGCCAUUUAGACCACAAAUAUACAUCAAAUUAGCUGUUGGAUGCUUUUGUUCUAGAAUCUUGAACUUCCACAGAAUUCCUGAGAUGAAAUCCUAGCCCAGUGAUGUCAAUGGAAAUUUUGGUAUUGACUUCGGUGGAACCAGAAUUUCACGUAAAUGUGUGUUACUUCUAACACACAACCUACACUAGGCAUGGCUUGCUUCCUAUAAGAGUAGGAAGUUUUGGCCAUACUGAGUGGAAUACAAGCUUUUAAGAUGAUGAUAGUACUUUAGCCAGUUAACUUUGUGCAGAAUACAUGCAUAUUUUUUCACAUUUAAAAAAGAGAAUAAUCUCAAGGCCCUCCAACCAAUUCUGAGUUCUCCUAAAUCCCUCAAGAGCUAAUUUAAGGUGCAUGAAAUAGCAAAUAAGAAUAUUAUUCAAGUGUGGAAAAAUCAAUCUCUCCACAUUUAGAAUAAUAUUAAUCUAUUUGUACCCAGAAGAGGAUCAAUACUAAUGUUUGCAGAUUUUAGUCUGUGUAGAAUAAUUAUAUUUUUAUGUCAAUUGUUUAAAUACUUGGUUGGCAGUUAACAUAAAACACCAGCCAAUUAUAGGAGGAGGUUGUCCAUAGCAUGUGUAGUAUUUUGAAUGUAAGUUAUGGCAAUUUAUUUCAAGAAAUGCUCUUUAGGCUCAGCACUUACUGAGCCUUAAAAUUAUUUAAGGGAAAAGAUCACUUAUUGAGGAUCUAAUUUUGUAAUGACUUUCCAUUGUAGAAAAAAAUUAAAAUUAGACCACUGUGGGUCUGAUCCUUAAGCUCUGUGCAUUCAGAAUUCCUGUUUACUGCAAAUUGAGUUUUGAGCUUCUUCCCUCAAUUUUUUCACUCCUUCCCCCCAUCAGAACACAGUUGCCCAAACUGAGCAAGCUGAAAGCCAAGAGGUGCUCUGUAUGCAAAGAAACUUUUAAGAGCCUCAGAAAGAUAGUUCUCCACGACUGCUUCUGGUAUGGGGACCAUCAGUCUGCCAGGCAAAGGCAUUCUGAUUCAGAACAUAUUGUCAGAGCCUCUAGUCCCGGGUACCAUCCAUGCCAGAGACCCUCCAAGUGGCAUGAGAGAUUAUCCCUCUUGGUGCUGCCCGCUCUGGCCCCUGCGGGGCCCCAGUCAUGGUGUAAACCUGCAGUUGGAUCACCAUAGUCUCUACCUCUAUGGCAACGCUUCCCUUUGCAGAGGAGGUCUGGCCAGCGAUCACCCUCUUGCAGCUGACACGUGUCUGACAAUGAUAGGCUUGAGGUGUGGCUCACCGGUAACCGGGUGCAGACAUCUAGAGGCACGUGCCCUGCAGCAGGAGUUUCAGAGUUCGUGCCCAGAAUCUCUGCAGCACCAGUACCAUUCCAGGCACAGGUCAAGGGAAUGACGGUACUGUCCCCAGACCAUCGCUGAUCCCCCCAGGACGGUGUCACUGCAUGCAGCUGCAUCUUCAUGACACCAAGCCCAUUCUGGUUCCCAGUCCCACUCCACGUCCCAGUACUGCUUGUUAAACAUGAGGCGUAGAUGACCAGCCUGGUGCCACCACGGAUCUGCCGUUCCAGGCACUCGUUGAGCUCAGCCAGACCUAACUCCGGGAGGAGUGUCCGGUACUGAUUGGGACAGAGCCAUCGUUCAGCCCGGUCUUGGUCACAGGGGAGCUACCGCUUGGGAUCCAGCUCAGAUUCAGAAUGAGGUUCCCUAGCUGCAAGACAAGCUCCAAUACCUAUGUGGAUGACACCGCAGCUGGCCCCGUGGCCUCAGUCUCCAUGGCUGUCACAGUGGUACCCAGGGAACCAAUGGGGAUUCACUCAGGCCUCCUGUCAUAAACAGAUAGCUAAGGGUUAACGUCUCUUUCACCUGAAAAAAAAAAAAAAGUAACCUGAAGCA